CAGCCGGAAGUGGACUGGUGUUCAGUUUCAGAGGAGGAUGUAAACGCAGUCAUGGCCUUUUUAAAGACUCCGGAGCGGUCAAAAGAAAGGUUUUCUCUUCUGCUGCUGGAUCUUGAGGAGUAUUACUUCGAACAACACACUGCGUACCAUGUGACCUCUGCAUCCCCCAAAGAGAGAAAAGUCAGAGGAUCGUUGAAGAUCUGCUCCAAAUCUGUCAUUUUUGACCCAGAUGAUUUUCAAACACCAAUUUUAAAGAUUCCUCUUCGUGACUGUAAAAAAAUAGAGUUUGUGCAGAAAGACACCAAUCCGUUUAAUGAGCCUAAACCGUCGGCCGUGUCCAUUUCUUGUGGACAGGUUUUUUACAUCAAGGAAAGCAACGUGAUCGCGCCGUAUCGAAUAGAACGGGGAACAAAGAGACUCACUUUUCAGUUGGAGGUUUGGACUAAAACUGAAGAUGUUGUUCAAACGUUAUUACAGCUCCACAGAGCGUCUUGUCUGGAUAAACUUGGAGAUCAGACGGCCAUGAUUGAGGCUAAUCUUCAGUCUCGUUUGGCGAGGACCUCAUUCGACAAAAACUGUUUCCAGAGCGUUGCGGAGAAGCCUCAUAUGGAGUGUGCAGUGGAGAUGGUGGCGCCCCUAGUGUCCAACCCAGGUCACGUCUGCAUCACCGACGAAAACCUCUACUUCCAGCCUCUCAACGGAUACCCAGAGCGAGUUAUUCAGAUUAAACUUCACAGCGUCCGAAGAAUUUACAAGAGGAGACAUGGACUGAGGCCUCUGGGUCUUGAAGUGUUUUGCUCAGAGAACGACUUCUGCUCAGACAUUUACCUGAAGUUUUAUAAAACUGCAGACAGAGACGACAUUUAUUAUUACAUCGCCACGUUUCUCGAAAACCACCUGACGGAGCACACGGUGGAGAGCUACAUGCUGCAGUGGCAGCGCGGUCUCCUGAGUAACUACCAGUAUCUGCUUCACCUGAACAACCUGGCGGACCGCUCGUGUAACGACCUGUCCCAGUACCCCGUGUUCCCCUGGGUGCUCUCCGACUACGGCAGCGCGCAGCUCGAUCUGACAAACGCUGCUUCCUUCAGAGACUUGAGUAAACCUGUUGGAGCCUUGAAUAAAGAGCGACUGGACAGACUCCUGGCUCGAUAUCGGGGGAUGCCUGAGCCCAGUUUUCUGUACGGGAGCCAUUAUUCAUCUCCAGGAUACGUCCUGUUUUAUCUGGUCAGAGUCGCUCCAGAGCACAUGUUGUGUUUACAGAACGGACGCUAUGACCACGCAGAUCGCAUGUUCAACAGCGUUGGUGAAACGUGGAGAAACUGUUUAGAGGGAGCCACAGACUUUAAAGAGCUUAUACCGGAGUUUUAUGGGACGGACUUCACUUUCCUGGAAAAUCGUCUGGGGCUGGAUUUGGGAAGACGGCAGAAUGGGAGUUAUGUUGGAGACGUGGUUCUUCCUCCGUGGGCUUCAGACGCCCGUGACUUCCUUCAGAAGCACAGAACGGCCCUGGAGAGUCAGUUUGUGUCUGAGCAUCUUCACGAGUGGAUCGAUUUAAUAUUUGGAUUUAAACAGAGAGGAAGUGAAGCCGUCGCAGCUCAGAACGUGUUUCAUCCUUUGACGUAUGAGGGCGGAGUCGACUGUGACAGCAUUGAUGAUCCAGACCAGAGAAUCGCGAUGUUGACUCAGAUCCUGGAGUUCGGACAGACCCCGACCCAACUGUUCACGAGCCCCCACCCCCAGAGAAUCACCCCCCGAUUCCACAACAUCACACGCAGCCCCAGCAUCACCUCCCCCGGCAGCGAACUCUCCCCCGCCUCUCCCAGCGCCGACUCCUCCUUUGAAGACCUGACGGAGGAGAGCAGGAGACUGGCCUGGGUCAACAUGGGAAAUCUGACCCUCGUGUCCAGCCACAAAAUCCACAAAGAGGCUGUCACUGGCAUCACUGUUACACGAGACGGAUCUGCCAUUUUCUCCACGUCUCAAGACUCGACCUUAAAGAUGUUUUCUAAAGAGCUGAAGGAUUUCCAGAGGAGCAUGUCGUUCUCAAACAUGGCGUUGUCCUCGUGUUUGCUGCUCGCCGACGGAAAAACUGCAGUGUGCUCCUCAUGGGACAACAACGUAUAUUUCUACUCUGUCCCGUUCGGUCGGCGUCAGGACACGCUCAUGGGUCACGACGAUGCGGUCAGUGCGAUUCGCUGGUUUGACGAUCGGCUCUACACGGCGUCGUGGGACUCGACGGUUAAGGUUUGGCACUGCGCCGCUGAAAACGCUCAUAAAAGAUCUCAGUUUGAACUCCUGGCUGAACUAGAGCACGAUUCCGGGGUGAACAGUAUAAACCUGAGCUCUGCUGGGACUCUGCUCGUCUCCGGAUGUAAAGACGGGACGGUCUCUGUGUGGGACACUCAGAGCCACACGGAGCUGCAGCAGGUGGAGUGUCACAGCGGCAACAUCCACCACACGAGCUUCAGUCCAGACAGCAGACAUGUCCUGAGUGUGGGGGACGACUGCUGUAUGAAGGUCAUCGAUGUGCAGACGGGAAUGGUGAUGUCAUCAGUGAAAUCCGACGAGGAGCAGAGGUGUUUCUGUUGGGACGGGAGCUCGGUGCUGUGUGGGGGUCAGUCUGGAGACCUGCUCCUGUGGGACCUCCUGAGCAGCACCGUCAUCAAGAGGAUCCCGGCUCACUCGGGUCCCGUCACGGCGAUGUGGAUGAACGACCUGUGCACCACCGUGAUCAGUGGAGGAGAAGACAAGCAGAUCAUGUUCUGGAGGCUAUAGCUGCACGAGCCUCUUAUGGACAAAGACUCUGUUACAACAUCAGAAAACCCAAGUACCGACCUCUUGUCCCGGUGGACGCACUGUACCACGACGUGUACAGGGCUCGGCGUUAACACAUCCAAACGAUUCCUUCCUGAAUGAGUUUGUUUUUUUCUCAUCUAAAAUAUAUUUUAUCCCACAGUCAGUGAGAAUAACAAUGUAAAGUAGUUCCGGCAGCAGCUAAAUCACAUUCUAUAUCACUGCUCUGCUCCGUCACCAUGGCAACGGGUAAAAACGAGUAGAAUGUAGGAACUAGCUUCAUUUAAAACACCAAAAUAACUUGUUUUUUUUGUGGUGUUCUACGACUGCACGGAUUAAAACUGAAGACUCUGGCUCCAAUUCAGUUUCUACGUAAAAACUGUCCCCUCUCUGUCUCUGCUGCUUCAGACUCGUCAUUUUGGUCUUAAAUGUUUGUAUUAACCUGCUCUGCAUUAUCCUGGGGUUCAUUUUUUUUCUUAUUAUUUUGAGUUUAUUUUUUAAGUUUUAUAUAAUUUUUUUUUUUUGUUAUAUUUUCUUAAUUUUUUUUUGUUAUUUGGAGUUUUUUUUAAAAUUUCUAUUCUUUUUUUUGUUUAGUUUAUUUUCUUAUUUUUUGUUUGUUAUUUUGAGGGUUUUGUUUUGUGGGUUUGUGCUCCGUCUCUGUAGCUGCUGCUGUCAGACUCAUUAUUUUGGUCUAAAUAGUAAAAUAAAAACCCCAUGAUCAUGUAGAGCGUUAAUAUGAACAUUUAAGACUGAAGCAAAGACGUUAAUGUCCAGCCCUGGACGUCCACAGGAGCCGGACGAAGGACCUUUGUCGACUUUGAAAUGGCCUUUUCAUUUUUGCCUCGAUAAACGUCACAUAUGAAGCCUGAAAACAUGAUGUCAUAUGUUUUUUUACCUGCGUUUGCUGCUGUUUGAUUUGCACUGUGUGUGUGUGUGUGUUGGGGUGUGUGUGUGUGUGUGUUUGUGUGUUUGUGUGUGUGUGUGUGUUGGGGUGUGUGUGUUUGUGUCUGUGGGGGUGUGUGGGGGUGUGUUUGUGUGUUACGUGUCAUUUGUGCUUUUCGAGUCUUUUAAAAACUCAGGUGUGAUUCAGGAACGACAAAGACCUGAAAACAUUAUCCCUGGUGUUUUUCUGUUUUUAUUUUCAGUGUUUCAGUGUUGAUUUCUACAGCGGUGGAAGUAAAAGUACAGAAAAUAUACUCAAGUAAAAAUAUCACAUGGAAAAAAUGUAUUUAAAUAAAAGUAUUAAAGUACCUGAGUAAAAAUGUGCUUAAAGAGU